AUGUUUAGCGCUGUGAGGGAUGGCUAUUAUUUAUUUGUCAGAAAGCUGCGUAGAAGCAAUUUCUCUCUAGGCCAAAAUGGCUGUGUUAUUGCUAAAUCAUCCUCAAAAAAUGAAAAACAAAUUAAUUAUUGUGAUAAAAGUGCGAAAGAAGAAUUUAAGAAUUGUGGGGGGAGACAAAGUGUUUCUUUGGAAAUUUAA